AUGAGUUUCCCAAAUCCAACUACAUCGGUUAAAUUAGUGUUACUUGGUGAAGCAGCCGUUGGUAAAUCAUCAUUAGUAUUAAGAUUCGUAAGUAAUGAAUUCCAGGAAAAUAAAGAACCAACUAUUGGGGCUGCGUUUUUAACUCAAAAAUGUACUAUUGGAUCGAAAGUUAUAAAAUAUGAAAUUUGGGAUACUGCCGGUCAAGAAAGAUUUGCUUCAUUAGCUCCAAUGUAUUAUAGAAAUGCUCAAGCUGCUAUUGUGGUUUAUGAUAUUACUAAACCUGCUUCUUUUAUUAAAGCCAGACAUUGGGUUAAAGAAUUACAUGAACAAGCUUCAAAAGAUAUAACUAUAGCCUUAGUUGGUAAUAAAUAUGAUUUAGUUAAAAAUGAUAGUGGUGAAGAAGAUGAUAGUGAAAAUAGUUUAAGAAAAGUUAGUAUUGAAGAAGGUCAAAAUUUAGCUGAUGAAGAAGGAAUUUUAUUCUUUGAAACAAGUGCCAAAGAUGGGUUUAAUGUUAAUGAAGUGUUUAUUGGUAUAGGUAAUCAUAUUCCAGAAUCAAAUAAUAAUUCUAAUAAUCCUCUUGGUGGUAAUUCAAAUGGAAAUAAUGAAGGUAGAAUCGAUUUAACUUCAAAUGCAAAUAAUAUUAAUAGAAGUGGUGGUGGUGAAUGUGCUUGUUAG